CACGAAGCGCGCAUACACAAGCACACACACACACACACACACACACACACACACACAUACAAAAAGACCUCUUACGAAACGAAAUGCGAGCGUCAUCCGGCUCCUGGUACCCCGAUGAAUGAGUUGUUUUCAGAGAAACCCCUCCGGAUUUGCGCCUGGAGAAAAUAACCUGACGGAGUUGAACGCGCCUCGGUGCGUCGCUGCGAUCGCUCCGGAGAGAAAACCCGAACCAAGAAGAGCGGGUUAACUUUUAUCAUUUCUUUUUAAAGAAAUCCUGUUGCCUUCUUCUUCUCCUUUUUUCUUUUAUUAUUAUUAUUUUUUUUUUUUUAUUGGGGCGAUCAGCGGAAGAAUGUUCAAGAAAACCAAGAGUAAAGUGCUGGUGGAUUACGCGUCGGAGGAGGACGACAUGUCCUGGCACCAUCAUCACUCCUACAAGGACAAAGACAUAGAAGGAGAGGAAGAGAAUGAGGAAGCUGUCACUGCGGUAUCCAAGGAGGCCAAGGUGAAGAAGAUCAUGUCCAAGAAAGAGAGGAGGGAGAAGAAGAUGUUCUCCUCUAAAGACGACGAGCACUUCCUGUUGACUGGAGUGAAGCUGACUGACCGCAGGGGGUCUCACAAGAAAAUCAAGGACGAAGAGAAGGAGAAGAAAGACAAGCCAGAGAAGGGCCUCUGCUUCUGGGAGAGCGUCACUAUGACCAUGAGGCAAAUCUCACCUGCCAAAAAACUGGAGAAGAUGGAGGGCUGGGAGCCCCCCCACCUGGAGAACUUAACGGAGACCGUGACUGACGAGCCCCUGGUGGAGAGGAGCCAGAAGGUGGACUUGGCGGUGUCGUUACCUGACUCUCUGAGCGUCCCGCUGGAACUGGCCUCGUGGGGGGGCCGGGGUCUGGAGGAGGACUCCUCCCGCUACGCUAACCUGUCGGACUCCAACGAUCCGGCAGCCGCCGUCAGGUGGACGGCGCGGGCCAAAGUCAGGCUGGCCGGCAUCAGCAGGAUGAGCAGAGGGAUCGUGUCCGAGAGCAGCGCCUGGGAGGGGUUUAAAUAGUGUCAUCUGCCCCCCCCCCCCCCCCCCUUCCCCCUGUACUAUCAAUAAAGAGGCUGACGACCUGAACCAAAAACAUGCCUGUCUGAGUGUCAAGCUGAGCUUUAGAGAAUCAAUACAACUCUAAAUUUCAUCAAGUGAUGAGCUACUGUACUACUUAAACUGUGAUUCCCACUGGGCUGUCGAUCAGAUAUUUAAAAGUCAGAGAACAGAUGCAUUAUUAUGGUUGUUUUGUUGCUCUUAUUUUUGGGGACUGAAUGAAGAAUACGAAAACCUGCUGCUGAGUCGUUAUUGUUUAGCUCUUCCUCUCCACCAUGCACAUUGUUUGGAUCAAAAUUACUCCAUUUAAACAUAAAACAGCAGUAAAAAAAUACGAUAAAUAGAAUUAUAUUACCUUGAAUUUUGACCCAACAAAUGUUAAUUAUUAGUCUUGAGGGUCAGUUUUAUCCUGCAUCCGUUGGGAUGGAUUGAUUUUUGGUUCAGCAGUGCUCAGGCAUGAUCAGCUGUGCUUUUAUAUCUCACUGACCAUGGACCAGGUUUUAAAGGCAGAAUAUGACCAGUGAGUGAGACUUCAGGAUGAUGUGUCUUUAAUGGGCUGUGUAAUCAUGGAGCAGCUCAUGAAACGUAUUUUGAUCUAAAUUAAAGCUGAUAUGAAGGUAGAGUGACAGCUGGCGCUGCAAAGAAGAUUCAAGUGUCGUUAAUAUGAUUAAAUUUCAUAGAAAAUAUGUACAAAAAUACUUUAUGAUGGAAAAUUGAUAUAUGAUGAUGAUAAUACUUACAUGUACCAGUACAGUGCCUUGUUUCAAUACAAAACAUCUGCUAAGCUCCUCAAAGGAGUUUUUGGUUCAUGCAGGUUCAGGGUCUCUCCUGGUUUCCAGUGAGGAAACCAAAGUCUCAGGAUGACGUUACCUGCACCAGCAGGAGCAUCAGAAGGCUUUUACCAUCAAGCAGAUGACUUGUUAAAACCUUGUUCUUAUCACUAUGAUGAAUCGUAUGCAGUCGGGACAAAAUGUAGUUUCUAUGAUUGUAUUUUAGGUCAAAUAUUUGACACAAGCUGUGUGCGCUGGUUCCUUCUCUUCAUUCUGUUUGCUGAAUUGAGUUUUGCCGGCCUCAUGUUAGCUGCAGGUGAACGAAGACACGAUGACUGUGCCCUUAUUUUUUUUAUUUUUUGUGCACCGGUAGACCGGGUCGCACUUUCUUAAGAAUAAAGAUCUAUUCUGACUCUC